UCUCAGACCACUCUUUUGGAUGACUUCAACACCACAACCGCAUCUCUCCAUACCCCCAUUGCGCCUCGCGAUCGCCUCAUACAACACCGCCAAAAUGUUCGCCCGUGCCGCCGCUCGCGCGGUCCCCAAGACCCCUUCCAUGGUCGCCCGCCGUGGCUUCCAGACCACCCGCUCCCAGAUGUCUUCGCCCUACCACUACCCCGAGGGCCCCUACACCAACAUCCCCUUCAACCCCAAGAGCAAGUUCUUCGGUGUUGGCUUCUGGACCUACUCCUUUGUCGGCUUCUUCGCCCCCUUCGGCAUUGCUGCUUGGCAAACCUACAAGCCCAAGGUUUAAGGGCUCACUUUGCAUUAUUUUUCUUGAGUCGAUCGCCACUGUAGAGCUUGGAUUGGGUUGAGACGGAGGACGACUGUGUACACAAGCAGAAAUAGAGACUUUUCGUCCUCAAUGGAUCAGCAGGGAAACCAAAACUACGCUCUGUCCGUCGCGUCGUUCUAAGUGAUGAAUGUGAAUAGCAGACUCUGGAGCCAGAUCAGCCUCCAGAGUAUACCUGCGCUUGAAUGUGCGACAGAGGUCAAUCGAGAUGGAAAGUGCAGUCCUCUCACCAAGUGGCAGACAACUACCUCGUGUAAGGAUUGAAACGUCUAAACCACUAAAGGGCAAAAAAAGAGUUCAUCUCGGUAGGCUACAUCUCUUGGUGCGCUUGCUGAGAAUCGAACUCGAACUCGUAGCCUGUCCUCAAGUAGGCUAUGAGCGUAAUUGAUUGUUGCCCUUUGACCAUUCC